UUCAUAGAAGAUCUAUAAUAGUUUACCUUUACACCUUCUUCUCUUCUCUUAAAUGGGUUUCUCCAUAUCAGAGUUUCUCGUCACAAAAAGUCCUGUUCAUGGUCAAUGGUAUCUUUUUUCCCCUCUCAGUUAGUACCCUACAUCAGUUUCAAGUAGUCAGAGUUUUUUUCUAUAUAAUGUCAAGAUUACAUAGUUCAUGUUCCCAUCCAUAAUUCUCCAAGUUAAGUUCAUCCUCUGAGAUUCUGGGUUAAGGCAAUGAGCCCUGGUUUUACUCUCCAUGCUCCCUUGCAGAGGCACCUGUUUGUGAGAUAUCAAUGCCUCUUUUUUGUCAUCAGAACCUGUUGUCAGCAUUUUGUUCUCUUAGUUAACACAACAAAUCUGUAUGUUGUCAAGUACAGUGAUGGGGGCUUUCUGUGCACUUCUCAUCAGAACUAACAUGAGUAAGUGGAUUCUUUCAUCCAGACUACCCUUUUGAACCAGUAUUCCUGUCUCUGGGGAUUUAUAAAUAUGCCAGGGCUGUCCUGAGUUGAACUAAGCCCGAAGCCCCGCAUCAUGUCGAAGCUAAGCCAGGCCACUCGGGCCCUCAGGAAGCCCGAGCCUGGCGGCGUGAUCCGGGCCAUCGUGAGGGCAGGCCAGGCCAUGUCUGGGCCCCCACUGGGUCCCAUCCUGGGUCAGCGAGGUGUUUCCAUCAACCAGUUCUGCAAAGAGUUCAACGAGAAGACGAAGGACAUCAAAGAAGGCAUUCCUCUGCCUACCAAGAUUUUUGGGAAGCCUGACAGGACAUUUGAAAUCAAGAUUGGACAACCCACUGUUUCUUAUUUCCUGAAGGCAGCUACUGGGAUUGAGAAAGGGGCCCGGGAGGCAGGGAAAGAGGUGGCAGUCCUGGUGACCGUGAAGCAUGUGUAUGAAAUUGCCCGCAUCAAAGCUCAGGAUGACGACUUCGCCCUGCAGGACGUACCCCUGUCCUCUGUUGUCCGCUCCAUCAUCGGCUCUGCCCACUCCCUGGGCAUUUGCUUGGUGAAGGACCUCAGUGCAGAAGAGCUGGCAGCCUUCCAGAGGGAGCGAGCCAUGUUCCUGGCUGCUCGGAAAGAGGCAGACUUGGCAGCCCAGGCAGAGGCUUCCAAGAAGUGACCCUCUGCCCCCCAUUCCAAGCUUUUGAAGGAAACCACUGGGCAGGGGGCCAGUUGGGAAGGCUCUGCCAAAGGGAGGAAGGGAGGUCACACCAACCUGAUUGUUAUUUUCUUGACUUUAAAUGAUAUAUUUUUACACAUAUGGCUGUAUC